AUAACAAUACAUCAUUGCAUCAUUGCGAAGCAACACUGCAUCGACGGACGCGAACUAAAUGCAGCGUCUUUAAAAUUCGUAAAGAUCAACUCACUUGUUGACUUGUAAAAAAUGAGUUUUGGGGCCAGAAGCACGGGUACGAGACAGACGAUUUGAAGGGCAACUUUCAACUUGAGCUGUUGUUCGAGUCGAUUUCAAGCGUUGUGUGACAGAUUGUGUCUAUAUCGGGAGAGAAGCUCAAAGCUAAAGAGUGGCUUUACCCAGGCAAAACGUUAUGGCGGGAAAUUCAGUCGACGUCUCUCCAUGGAUGGAAAAAUUGCCAAAGAAAAAGAAACUGAAAGAUUUAGUGAUCCCAGGAUCUCACGAUUCGGGAACGUUUUCUCUUGAUAAAAACAUGGAGAUUGGUCCCGAUGAACCCAACCUCAUUCGUAAGUUUGGGAAAUUGGUAAAGCCUGUGGUCUACAAUUGGUCUGUCACACAGUCCAUGACAAUUUACCAACAGCUUUCGUCGGGCAUUCGCUAUCUGGAUCUCCGUGUCGCGUACAGAACCGCAGAUGGAAAGAUACGUGUUUUACACGGUUUGUUUGGUUGCACGAUUGAUCAAGUCUUGGACGAAGUGAACCGAUUUGUGGCGAAUUAUCCGAAAGAAAUUGUCAUUUUAGACUUCAAUCAUUUCUACAAAAUGGAUCAAGCUGCUCAUAAAACACUUGCAGAUACUCUGGAUGCUUCGUUCAGCAAGAUUUUACGCGCUCCCGGCGCCCAAGGCCCGAAUGUCACCCUUCAGGAGAUGUGGAAAAAAAAAGAAAAUGUCAUUGUUAUUUAUAACGAAACUGACGUGGUCGAUGCUCAUCCCCAUUUCUGGUCACCCCAUUUCAUCCACUCCCCGUGGCCGAACACAGAUGAUACGAACCAACUGUUGGAAAUUCUCAACAAACAGUCAGAAGCGUCCAGUGUUUCCGAAGAUGCCUUGCAGGUAACACAAGCUCUGCUCACGCCACAAACUUCAACUAUAGUUAAACACGUGACAAGCACUUUAAAAAAUGUUCUGGCUUCGAAAUGCAACCGCCAAGUGACCGAGUGGCUGAAGACCCUUCGUGGCACCACGAGUCACAAAUUUAAUAUUAUCAUCGCUGACUUCGUUGAACUAAGCGAUUUUAUCCCAACUGUCAUCAGUCUGAAUUAAUUUUUCUAACCUACUAAUAUAUUGACAGACCAUAUAGAAGUUGUUAAGGAUAACAGCCAAUUUUAUUGAUUGUUAACUACCUUGAUAACGAAUUUCUUCUUGUUUUUUACGAUUUUAUAUAGUUAUAAUGUUUAUUCGAGUUGAUGUACCUAUCUAUUGUUCUUGAAACCCGACCCUGUAUUAGCGUCCUCUUUGCUUCCCACGCACACAUAAAUGGCGACCUUAGCGUCCUUUCUUUAGUUGUAGUUAGUAAUUCAAAGGAUCUUGACCUUUGCUACCUUUCUAACCUUAAAACCGUUGAAAUCUUUGGUGCAAGUGGGACCAAUAUAUAAGUUUAUCCUUUUAUUUUGAUUAGACAAAGGUACUUGAAAAUCUAUUGCGCUGUGUACCUUUUUAAUUGCAUUGUGAUAAGCAGCCAGAAUAACGCGUCUACCAGUGUACAUCCACCUUUUAGUUUGAGAACGUUAGGGCCAUUAACUGUUUGCGUGAAUCUCUAAAUGUAGCGGUUUUUUUGCCUUUUAUGUUUUCAUCGCGAUUUGAGUUGUAAUUAAGUUAGAUUCGUUUUACACGCUUGUAUCUUAUAUUUUGGAAGUUUUCGCCUUGAUUGAUAGGAAUUUAUUGUAUUUUAUUUCAAUUUACUAGAUGCAUACUGGAAGAAAGUUAUCCUUAUUGCCUUUACUGAUUGAAUACGUUUUUCAUGAGAGAGAUUUAAAACAAUUAAAUAUAGCAAAAAUUCAAUAUUCUCAAGUUCAAAGUAGCUCUUUAUUAGGAUAUCCUUGUUCUGUAUUUAAACAUUCCUGGGUGAGUACAUUUUAAACAGCAAAGCAUUGUAAUAUUCGAGUGGUUUAUAACUUUUGAGUAAAAUCAUAAGCUAAACAGGUUUAUCUUUCAGCUCUAUCAGUGAUAUAU